GUGACUGACAGCCUGAGGGGGGGAGAGAGAGAAAGACUCUCCUUUUUUUUUUUCAUGUGUUGCCCCGUUGGACUUGAAGGGGCUGUACGUGACGACUGAAAGAGGGGGCAACACCGCGGAGCAGGGCAGUUCAGAAGCGCAGAGAGGAGAGGAGCUGUGCGGGAGAGACGGGUGCACAUCCGUCAGACAAGCCGGAGGAACGCGCACUAACAAACCCCCCCUAUGGCUGCUUGAGAAAUAACGCUACACCCCCCCUCCCCCUUUUUCUCUUUCUCUGGGACUUUUUGGCUAUAAGUUUUUUUUUUCUUCUUCUAUCUUGACCAGAAGUUGUUGCAAGUCUUAGUAGUUGCUUCAAGUUGAAAAAAGUGAAUCCACUUGCCGUGGACGUCUCUGGCGGUCAUGGAUACCCAUAUAAGAUGGAAAGUUAAACGGAGGAUAAGGGACGCCCAAGUCACUUUAGCUGUGAUUUUGCUUUUUGUCACAUCGCAAGCAAGUUCAGCGGAACCAGCAGACCUCUUGAAGAUUUUAGAUUUUCACAGUUUACCCGAGGGUGUUUCGAAAAUAACGGGUUUGUGCGCAAAUAGGAGGUCAACGCAAGGUUCAGAUGUGGCGUACAGAGUAUCCAAAGAGGCUCAGCUCAGCGCCCCCACCAUACAGCUGUAUCCAGGUGAUGUGUUCCCUGAGGACUUUUCCAUCAUGGCUACAGUGAAGCCGAAAAAGGGCAGCCAGUCCUUCCUGCUGUCCGUGUACAAUGAACAGGGCAUCCAGCAGCUGGGACUGGAGGUUGGCCGAUCUCCAGUCUUCCUGUACGAGGACCACACGGGGAAGCCCAGCCCCGAGGACUACCCGCUCUUCAGAGGAGUCAACCUGGCCGAUGGAAAAUGGCAUCGAGUGGCCAUCAGUGUGCACAAGCAGACCAUCACCCUCAUUCUGGACUGUAAAAAAAAGACCACCCAGAAGCUGCUCCGAAGCCCCAACCCCAUCAUCGAUACCAAGGGAAUUAUAGUGUUUGGAACUAGAAUACUUGAUGAAGAAGUCUUCGAGGGAGACAUCCAGCAGCUAAUGAUUGUAGCAGACCAUCGGGCUGCCUAUGACUACUGUGAGCACUAUAGCCCGGAUUGUGAAGUGCCAUCGCCUGACCAGCCUCAGAACCAGGACCCCAACACAGAUGAUUAUAGCAACCGGGAGGACAGCUACUAUUAUGAAUACCCUUACUAUGAGGAUGGUGAUGGCAGAUCUUAUGAUGCUGGUACAGAGACAACCACAAAAGUAGUCAAGGAGACAGAUGGAGACAGCGUGGUGUCCGCAGUCGAGGAGGUUUUGAGCAGUGGCAAAGUGACAUCCGUCUCCACCGGCUCAUCAUCCGGCUCAUCCAGCAGCUCAUCAUCCAGCUCUUCAGGCACCGCAGCAGGUGGAGGAGACGCCUACGGAGAGGAGACCGGCACCUACGAUGGCUAUGAUGGCUACGAUGGCUACGAGGGCUACUACGAAGGAGCCACGGCCUCGCCCGACGGGGACACCUCCAGACGAGUCACCAUCACCAGCACCGGCACAGGCACCGGCAUCAACAUCGGCACCGGAGGAGAGCUGGAUCUGGGAACAGGGGGGAAGAUCGAGUUGGGUGUAGGAGCUGGAAUUGACAGGGUCAUCACCAGUGGAGGAGGAUCUACAAUAACCAUCAAUAGCAAUAAGACAUCAGUCGAUGGCUACGAUUCAUACGAUGGAUACGAUUAUGGCGUAGACAUUGGCGGAGGUGGCGGUGGAAGCAGCAGCAGCAGCAGCACAAUCAACCUUGGUGGAGGUGGCGGCGGCGGAAGCAGCAGCAGCAGCAGCACAAUCAACCUUGGUGGAGGUGGAGGAGGCAGCAGCAGCACAAUCACCCUUGGUGGAGGUGGAGGAGGCAGCAGCAGCAGCAGUACCAUCCAGUUUGGGGCUGGAGGAGGCAGCAGCAGCAGCAGUUCUACCAUCAACCUCGGUGGCGGAGGCGGUUCUGUGUCCGUUGGAGGUGGUUCCGUCUCAGCAGGAGGAUCUUCUUCAGCCGGAGGUGGAUCUGCAAGUGCUGGCACCGGAGCAGGCGGGUCCAUUGCCACAGGAACAGGUCUGGGAGUGGAAGGUGAGGGCGACUACACCGAUCUGGAUUUGUUCAAGGAGGAUUCCAUCACCGACGACUACACCGACGGGGACAUCUACGGUGACGCAUAUGGUGAUAUAGAUUAUGGCGUCAAAGGGGACAGCGUUCUUCCUGCCCAGACCGAUGAGUACUACGGACAGGUCGACGGCGCUCGCGGCGAGAAGGGACAGAAGGGAGAGCCUGCUGUUAUUGAGCCUGGAAUGCUGGUGGAGGGUCCGCCUGGGCCUGAGGGGCCAACAGGUCUCCCAGGACCCCCGGGUUCUUCUGGCCCACCAGGCAGUGCUGGAGAUGUAGGAGAGAGGGGUCCUCCGGGUCGUAGUGGUCUUCCUGGUGCUGAUGGUCUGCCAGGACCCCCUGGAACUGUCCUGAUGCUGCCUUUCAGGAUGAGCACUGGAGGUGACUCUGGACAGAAGGGACCUGCUGUAUCAGCACAGGAGUCUCAGAUGCAAGCCAUCAUGCAGCAAGCUAGGCUGGCGAUGCGCGGCCCUACAGGUCCGAUGGGUUUGACAGGCAGAUCCGGCCCUCUGGGUCCUCCUGGUGUAUCAGGACUGAAGGGAGAGUCUGGAGACUCGGGUCCUCAGGGACCUCGUGGACCUCUUGGAACAUCUGGACCCACUGGGAAGCCUGGCAGAAGGGGUCGCUCUGGCUCUGACGGUGCCAGGGGCAUGCCAGGGCAGUCCGGACCUAAGGGAGACCGUGGGUUUGAUGGUCUGGCUGGUCUUCCUGGUGAAAAAGGACACAGAGGUGAAGCUGGACCUACUGGACCUCCUGGUGGUCCUGGAGAGGACGGAGAGAGGGGAGAUGAUGGAGAGAUCGGACCCAGGGGACUUCCUGGUGAACCAGGGCCCCGCGGUUUGUUGGGACCAAAAGGACCUCAGGGACCUCCUGGACCCCCUGGCGUGACUGGAAUGGAUGGCCACCCUGGACCCAAAGGAAACAUUGGACCUCAAGGAGAGCCAGGACCUCCAGGACAGCAAGGCAACCCAGGUGCUCAGGGACUCGCAGGGCCCCAGGGAGCCAUCGGACCCCCAGGAGAAAAGGGUCCUUUUGGAAAGCCAGGCUUGCCAGGAAUGCCAGGAGCUGAUGGUCCACCGGGUCACCCUGGAAAGGAGGGACCUAAUGGAGAGAAGGGACACCUGGGACCUGCUGGCCCUCAAGGACCCAUUGGUUAUCCUGGACCCCGAGGCGUGAAGGGAGCCGAUGGUGUACGUGGUCUCAAAGGACACAAGGGUGAAAAGGGAGAAGACGGCUUCCCCGGCUUCAAGGGAGAUAUGGGCAUCAAGGGCGACAGGGGAGAGCUUGGACCAGCUGGACCCAGAGGUGAAGACGGUCCAGAGGGACCAAAGGGUCGCUCAGGUCUCCCUGGAGAUUCUGGUCCUCUUGGCCCAAGUGGUGAGAAGGGUAAACUUGGUGUUCCCGGAUUGCCAGGAUACCCAGGAAGACAAGGACCAAAGGGAUCUCAGGGUUUCCAAGGUUUCCCUGGCGCCAACGGAGAGAAAGGAACUCGGGGAACAGCAGGAAAGCCUGGCCCACGCGGACAGAGAGGACCGACGGGCCCUCGUGGAGAGAGAGGAGCAAGAGGACCAACAGGGAAAGCAGGACCAAAGGGUAACUCAGGAAAUGACGGCCCACCUGGACCUCCUGGUGAGAGGGGUCUGCCAGGACCUCAGGGACCAACAGGUUUCCCCGGACCAAAAGGCCCUCCUGGACCUGCAGGAAAAGACGGUCUGCCUGGACAUCCUGGACAAAGAGGAGAGACUGGUUUCCAAGGCAAGACUGGACCACCUGGCCCUCCAGGCGUUGUUGGACCUCAGGGACCAACAGGUGAGACUGGACCAAUGGGAGAUCGGGGCCACCCUGGACCCCCAGGCCCACCUGGAGAGCAGGGUCUACCUGGAGCUGCAGGGAAAGAAGGAGCUAAGGGUGACCCCGGUCCUGCAGGCCCAGCAGGUAAGGACGGUCCCCCUGGACCAAGAGGUUUCCCCGGAGAGAGAGGACUGCCUGGCCCUGUGGGGGCUCACGGACUGAAAGGGAAUGAGGGUCCUCACGGCCCACCUGGCCCUGCUGGUUCUCCUGGUGAGCGUGGUCCCUCUGGCCCUGCUGGACCUACAGGCCUUCCUGGUCGCCCUGGCCCUCAGGGACCCCCAGGACCUGCUGGAGAGAAGGGUGGACCGGGAGAGAAAGGACCUCAAGGCCCAGCUGGUAGAGAUGGUAUUCAGGGACCUGUGGGUCUGCCAGGACCUGGAGGUCCUCCUGGACCACCUGGAGAGGACGGAGACAAGGGAGAGCUUGGAGAGCCAGGACAGAAAGGAAGCAAGGGUGACAAAGGAGAGCAUGGUCCACCUGGUCCCACCGGUCCUCAAGGGCCUGUUGGAGCUCCUGGUCCUGCUGGUGCAGAUGGUGAGCCUGGUCCCAGAGGUCAGCAGGGUCUGUUCGGUCAGAAGGGAGAUGAAGGAUCAAGAGGGUUCCCCGGACCUCCUGGACCAGUUGGUCUGCAGGGUCUGCCUGGUCCUCCUGGUGAGAAAGGUGAAACUGGAGACGUUGGUCAAAUGGGUCCACCUGGUCCCCCAGGUCCCAGAGGCCCCUCAGGACCCCCGGGAGCUGAUGGCCCUCAGGGACCCCCUGGCGGUAUUGGAAACCCUGGUGCUGUUGGAGAAAAGGGAGAUGCUGGCGAAACAGGAGAGCCCGGUCUUCAGGGAGAACUUGGCCCACCAGGUUCAAGAGGAGAGCGAGGAGAAAAGGGAGAGUCUGGCCCCGCUGGUUCAGCUGGACCUCCCGGCCCCAAGGGUCCUGCUGGAGACGAUGGUCCCAAAGGCAGCCCAGGCCCAAGCGGUUUCCCUGGUGACCCUGGUCCCCCUGGAGAGCCCGGUCCAGCUGGGUUAGACGGUCCAGCCGGUGACAAGGGAGAUGAUGGAGAGGCCGGUCAAGCUGGUUCCCCUGGACCCACUGGAGAGUCUGGUCCCUCUGGACCACCCGGAAAGAGAGGCCCACCUGGAGCAGCAGGACCUGAGGGAAGGCAAGGAGAGAAGGGAGCCAAGGGAGAGUCUGGUUUGGAAGGUCCCCAAGGAAAGACGGGUCCUGUUGGACCUCAAGGAUCACCUGGCAAGCCUGGUUCUGAAGGUCUCAGGGGUAUCCCUGGCCCAGUUGGAGAGCAAGGUCUACCAGGUUCUCCAGGCCCAGAUGGACCUCCUGGACCCAUGGGUCCUCCUGGUCUGCCCGGUUUGAAAGGAGACUCUGGUGUCAAAGGAGAAAAGGGACAUCCGGGUCUUAUUGGUCUCAUCGGACCCCCAGGUGAACAGGGAGAGAAGGGUGACAGGGGUCUUCCUGGUCCUCCAGGAUCACAUGGUUCUAAGGGAGACAAUGGUAUUGCUGGCCCUUCAGGUCCACUUGGUCCUCUUGGUCCUCCUGGAUUACCUGGUCCUCCUGGUCCCAAAGGAGCUAAAGGGUCAUCGGGUCAAACUGGACCAAAGGGAGAGACUGGUACAACUGGACCUCCUGGACCUCCUGGUCCUCCCGGCGAUGUCAUCCACCCACUCCCCAUGCACGCUCCCAUGAAGGGCAGAUCACGAAGGAGCAUCGAUGCCAGCCAGAUGGUGGACGACGCAGCCAUGGAUGCCAACUACAAGGACUACGACGAUGGCAUGGAGGAAAUCUUCGGCUCUCUAAACUCCCUGAAGCUUGAGAUUGAGCAGAUGAAGCACCCGCUGGGCACACAGGCCAACCCUGCCCGCACCUGCAAAGACCUGCAGCUCUGCCAUGCUGAUUUCCCCGAUGGUGAGUACUGGAUCGAUCCAAACCAGGGCUGCUCCCGGGACUCCUUCAAGGUUUACUGCAACUUCACAGCAGGCGGAGAGAGCUGCAUCUACCCAGAUAAGAAGUCUGAAGGGAGCAAAAUGGCAAAAUGGCCCAAAGACUCCCCAGGCACUUGGUAUAGUCACUACAAGAGAGGUUCCCUGCUCUCAUACGUGGACGCGGAGGGUAACCCCAUCGGCGUGGUCCAGAUGACCUUCUUGCGAUUGCUGAGCGCGGCGGCCCGACAGAACAUGACUUACAACUGCUACCAGUCGGUGGCCUGGCACGACCAGGAUCCGGACAACUACGACAAAGCCAUCCGCUUCCUGGGCUCCAACGACGAGGAGAUGUCUUAUGAUAACAACCCUUACAUCCGCGCCCUGGUCGAUGGCUGUGCGUUGAAAAAGGGCUAUGAAAAGACAGUACUUGAGAUCAACACACCAAAGGUGGAGCAGGUGCCAUUUGUGGACAUCAUGUUCAACGACUUUGGCGGCUCCACGCAGAAGUUUGGAUUCGAAGUGGGCCCCGUCUGUUUCAUGGGCUAAGACUGUUUACUGAGCAAAUGGAGAAAAAAUAAAAGCAUAUAUUUGUUUUCUCAGAAAAAAUAAGACAAAAUGAAAAAGAAUAGGACUCUUGUAAAAAACAAAAAAAAGUUACUUUUUUUUCCAUAAAGCAACAAGUAUGAGUAAAAAAUGAAAUCAAGUUGAGAAUACGGAGAAAUUUUUAUAGGAAUAGAGGAAAAAUAACCUUGAAACCUCAGUGUGCCUUCUCCAUCACAUGCAAGUUUUGAAACUGGAUGUCAGAUCCUGCCUCUUAAAAACGCACGCACAGAUCUGUAGCCCGCACAUGUCAUCUCUCGAUUGAGUCUCUUUUUAAGACCCAGACAUCGAAGGCGACCCUGAGACCUGCAAGCCGCACCAGACGGCCGCAGCAAUUGCCACGGACUCCAUCUGAUUUGGCUUUUUAUUUUUUCCUUUACUUCAUGUCUUCCUUCAUCUCCCUGGCUUCUUCCACUUGUCUUCUUUUUUUUUGUUGUUGUUGCUUUGUUUGCUCAUUCACUACGGGAGCUUUGUUUGUGCAUAAUUGUCCUCCCCAUUCUCUUGGAAUGGAUCUUAUAUAUAUAAAUAUAUAUAAAUAAUUUUUAUGUUUGUAAGUACAUUCUGUAUAUUUUUUUUUUCUUCCUGGUAAUGUUUAUUGCUCUUCUGGCUUCAAAACAUGCAUGUGACUUGAUUAAUUGUGAGGUAGGAGACGACGGAGAUGGGGUUACAUCUUUUUAAAAAAAAGAACAAAAAAAAUUGAAGAAGAAAUAUAUACGGAGAGUGAGGAAAUUCGUCUUGUAAAUUAGAAAAAAAACAAACAAUUGGGAAAGUCCUGUCUUGUUGCAGUUGUGGAGCACACCUUGUUGUAAUUUAAGAACAGAAUGGAAAUAAAAGACGGAAACGACUCUGUGAUAUUAUGUGACCGUUUGAUUUGCAUAAGAAAAAAAUCCUACAUUCCUCCUUUGGUGCCCUCUGAACAGAACACCUCCUCUGGUGGUGCUAUCAUUAACUUAAUAAACAGCUUCUUAUUUGUCCCCUUCAAGUACUCACCUGUCUGACUAUGCAAUGGGAGAUGAUGUCACAUUUUAAUGGCGAACACAAAGAAAUCAAAAACCUAGGUGCUAUUUUCUCUCUUCUGUGGUGCUAUGUAAUUUUCUAGUUGUUAUAUGAAUGAAAGGAUUAUUUGGUGAUAUAUUCAAAUCACCAGCAGCCCCCCCCCUCCCUCGACCCUUGACUCUUUUAAAAACCACCAUGUUUGGACGCAGGUGGAUCUUUUGCUGCAUCCAUGUCCUUUUAUGUUUGUUAUUUUAACGUUCAGCGGUGGUGUUUGCAUGCCAUUUCUCUACAUAUCCGCUCCCAGAUCAGUGCAGCAUGGUGGCGUAUGUUAUCUCCUGCUUCAGAUGACCGCACAGAUUAUAAACUUGUACCAAAAUGUCGGAAUAACCUGAGGGAAUUAAGAUGUCGGCUUUUCUGCAUAUCAUUGUGCUAUAAGGCGCUGCAUUUGUGCUCUUUGCUGUUGGGAUCAUCUGUGCCACAUCAGAGUGAUGGAGGGGUGGAGUUGAGGAGUGGACUUUGUUGUGAUUGGGCCAAAGGGAGAAGGUCCAAAGUUGAGUUUUUGGUAACCCUAAAACCCUUCCACCAAAGGUUUUAUAUUUGUAGCUUUAUGGGCCAUGAUGGCUUGAAAUCAAUUGUUUUGUACGGGGAACAACUUGAAAAGUAUAUUUUCUUGAUUUAACCGCAGUAGCAGGUCGCUAAAUUAGAUUACAGAGUUAGCUCGUGCAGCAUUACAAUAAAAAAUCGCUAUUUUUUUUUUGCCCUUAUUGUAAUUAUGCUCUUUGUUCAAACUAUGCACUCUCUAUGCUUAUGACCACUAGUAUCUACCACAGAAUCUUUACAGCUCUUCAUACAUAGGUUUGUUUUAUUUCCUUUUUAUUUUAUUUUUUAUCUUCAAUAUGUGACUUGAACCAUUUCUGUUAAGGUAACUCAAUAUGCUUGUAGAUCUUUGGCUUUAUUUUUCAUUGUGAUGCAGUACACCCAAAUUUUUAAAACACGUUGCUCUCAAUAAAAAGGACAAAUUCUUGUAAAUUUCCAGAACCAGCAGUGAUGCUGCCAUUGUUUUUGUUCUUUGUUUUAUUUUGUAGAUUUCAAUUUGUCUGUCUGUUUUGUUUGUUUUCACAGUCUUGUCAAACCUGUGUAAGGAUAAGAGGAUAGAAGUUAUAUUGGUUUUUAUGUCAAUAAUAAAUUCAAGUUUACUGUGGCCAUCCACUCUUGUAUGUCUUUUGAAGCAUUAAAACCUAUCUGUAUGCAUGAAAUUGUAAAGUUUUUUCUCUUGUUAUAACUAAUUUGUAGAGUGACAUGAUCUCCAGUCCACGUCUCUUCUUCAUCAGGAUACGUCAGUUUUUUCUAUGGUUAUGUCCACGAUUGUGAAGUGGAGAGAAAAAUGAUGAACUUGUAACUCUACCAAAGCCAAUGUUCAUUUGUAGUAUAUUUAUUGUAUUAUUUAAAAUAAUAAAAUAAAUGUUAAAUGACA